CUUCUAUUUAAGUCUUUUGUCUACAUUGCGGGCUUUCCCAUCCCCUUUCGUGCACUCGAACGCUUUUAGUAGCCGCAGGUUAUCAGCACCGUUACACGCAAAACCACACACCAAAGUUGGGUAUUCCAGUAACGAAAGUCAUUUUGGGGCUGAGGAUUGUGUCCAGAAAUUUGUUUUGUUUAAUAGCACUUGCGUUCACUGCUUUUAUACGUGUAGUUGCCUGCUUAGAUUUUGUUUCCCGGUUAUUACCAUACUCCAGAUACAUUGUGAAAUCAGUUGACAACUAAAGUCUCGCCAAGGUCCAUCUUUUCUGCGCCUCUUUUGUCUGUUUGAAAGCAUGGGAAACAGUUUUUCCAAGUUCUUUAGCCGCGUUUUUGGAAACAAGGAAAUGCGAAUUCUUAUGCUUGGCUUGGAUGCCGCCGGUAAAACUACCAUUUUAUAUAAACUAAAGCUGAACCAAAGCGUGACCACGAUUCCGACAGUUGGGUUUAAUGUCGAGACUGUUAGUUACAAAAACGUAAAAUUUAAUGUAUGGGACGUCGGCGGACAAGAUAAAAUCCGUCCCCUUUGGAGACACUAUUUCACUGGUACAAAAGGUCUUAUUUUCGUUGUUGAUGCUGCCGACAGAAGUCGACUGGAAGAAGCUCGAACCGAACUGCAUCGUAUUAUUUCCGAUAGAGAGAUGAAGGACGCCUUACUGCUUGUGUUCGCCAAUAAACAAGACUUGCCAGAUGCUCUUUCCCCGGCUCAGAUCACGGAGGUGUUGCAAUUGACUUCGCUCAAGAACCGUCUUUGGAGUGUCCAACCAACAUGUGCCUUAACAGGCGAUGGUUUGCUCGAAGGAUUGGGAUGGUUGGGCGCUAAUACUGAGUUAAAGUAAUAUCAGACCCUUUUUGCAUCGGGCAGUACAGCAGCAUUAAUCCUCAAUCGGGCCUAUUUGCCUCCUUUUUUACCGUGUAAAGUUUGACGAGCUGUUCUACAAAGACCAACUUAAACACAUUCGUUUUAUCAUCUCUUUAGCAUAUAUAUGACAUAUAUAUUUAUAACAAAGCUAACUCAUAUACAGUGGGACGACGGCGC